AUGGUCACGAUUUGUUCCUACAAUGCAUGUACACCUGCAUCCGAGUUCUCUAUAGAAGCCUUGCUUAUGCAAGCAAGAAGGAUAAAGUACGACGUCAUCGGCCUGGCCGAGACGAAACGACGCCACCCAUUCAACGCCGUCUGUGACACCGGAGAAGAACUGUUUUUCGGAACAUGCAGCAGUAGAGGUGUCGGCGGCUUCGGCGAUCUCGUCAACAGGAGUUUGUCCAUGAAAAUCAAUUCAUUGGAACAACUUACAACCCGAAUCGGACGUUUACGAUUAAAAAAAGGUGGAUCAAUUCCAGCUUUGACAGUCUUCGUCGUUUACGGGCCAACAUCAAACUAUGGCGAAGAAGAAGUCAAAGCGUUCUAUAUGGACUUGGAGACGUUCUACAGAGAAGACCACACAUUCUUCAAGGACAUCAUUUAUAGAUUUCAACGUUAA